GUGCGCUUCAUUGAUUCAGUACGCAGAGGACUAAAGCGGACGGAGGAGAUUCCGGUAGCGGUUUAACAAUUUGAAGAAACUUGAGAGUCGCCUUUCCCAAAAUGGCAGGUUUUGCAGCAAUGAACAGCAACCAAAGGGAUUAUUUCAUGGCAGAGGAACGGGAUUUAAAACCAGGGAAACAAAUGAAUUAUGCGGAAGACAGGCUCGACAGUGGUUUGGAUUCUCUUAAAGAGGAUGAAUAUCAGAAGAUCCUUUCUGAAAUGGAAGACAUGAGUAUGGAGCCCCAGCGGGAGCGCCCUAGUGAGCCCUGGAAAACGCAGACCACCGAGGACGGAGACACGCUGCUCCACUUGGCUGUUAUUCAUGAAGAGAAGGGCUGUGCUUUGCAGAUCAUCGACAGAUUGCGUGGUGAUCCCUACCUGAACAUCCAGAACAACCAAAGACAGACUCCCCUUCACUUGGCGGUAAUUACCGAACAAGCGGACAUCGUCGCCUCGUUGCUGAAAGCCGGCUGUGACCCCCUGCUUGUCGAUCAUUCAGGAAACACUGCACUUCACAUUGCCUGCAGCAAGGGUUCCCAGAACUGCUUUGGGGUCCUCACCCAGUUUAGCGGCAAGCAUCUGUCUUCUCUCGUCGGUGCUGUAAACUACAACGGUCACACAAGUCUUCAUCUGGCCACACUUUUUGGAUUUCUCCACUUGGUGGAAGACCUCAUUAAACUGGGAGCAGAUGUGAAUGCUCAGGAGCAGUGCAAUGGCCGAACAUCCUUGCACUUAGCAGUGGACAUGCAGAACUACCAGCUAGUGGACCUUCUCAUCUUGAACGGGGCCAAUGUGAACAGUCUGACCUAUGGUGGCUACUCCCCCUACCACUUGACUCACGGCCGACAGAACCAAGACAUCCAGCGGCUCUUGUUUUGUCUGACACGGCCAGAUUUACGAGAUUUGACCUCUGAUAGUGAAGAUUCAGACGAUUCAGAAUUGGAGGACUUGUACUCUGAAAAUGACGAGAUGUAUGAUGAUAUUCACUUAGCUGGAUGCUAGGGGUUGUCUGAGAAGAAGCUGCUCAACACCUUGGGCUUCUCCGCUGCACUUCAGGAAGCCAACUACAAGAAAAGGCAGGACUCCUACAUUUAAACAGGAGGUUCCCAGACACCAGGUCAUUGGGCGAGCCGCGUGGGGGACACAGAGCUGGCCCCGUGUUUGUCGACGACGAAGGUCUUGCUGGACAGUGUGCCGUUUCCAGAGCCUGGAAGUCAUAGGGGGAAUCCGUGAACCAAAGGCAUGGGUCCCAGGACAUUCUGGAUACCAAAGCCUUGUGCCUUCUCACACACUCUCACAAGUGCCUGGAUUUCACAAGUGGAUCAUUUGUCCAUUGAGGAAAAUGUACAUUGUUGUAAAUAUUGUGUAUAGUCAGAACUAUUUUUUAUACAAAAUGAAACUUUUUGACUUGUGUAUAAUAAACUUUAUUUCUGACAUUUUAAAUUAACACUAUUAAAAUGCCUAGUGUUUGUGUUGGAGAUGUGUCAAGAGUGAAAUAAAGUACUGAAUGAUCA